UUUAAGUGUUUUUAAUUUGAAAAUUUUAGUAAUAAAAAUUAUUUUUAACAGAAUGAGUAAAGUUAAUCAACAUCCUUUAGCUAGUCAUCCAGCUAUUCAAAAUUUUCGAAAAUAUUUGCAAAUAAAAUCAGUGCAACCAAAUCCUGACUAUGGUGCAUGUGUUGAUUUUAUUACUGGACAAGCAAAAGAACUUGGUCUUCCUAUAAAAGUUCAUGAAUUUGUCAAAGGAAAGCCCAUUGUGGUGAUUUCAUGGGAAGGAACAAACCCAAAUUUACCCAGUAUUCUGUUAAAUGGUCACAUGGAUGUUGUACCGGUUGUAGAGAGUAAAUGGAAGUAUGAUCCAUUUGCUGCUGAAAUUGAUGAAAAGGGUAAUAUAUAUGCUCGAGGUGCCCAAGACAUGAAAUCUGUCAGUAUCCAAUAUUUAGAAGCAAUUCGAUAUUUAAAGCAAAAUGGUGUUAAAUUACGUCGGACUAUACAUAUUUCAUUUGUCCCAGAUGAAGAAAUUUUUAGCGCUGAUGGUAUGGCACUCUUCGUGAAAACGAAAGAAUUUAAAGAAUUGAAUAUUGGGUUUGGUUUAGAUGAAUGCGGUCCAUCGUCUAAUAAGGAUUAUGUUGCUAUAAAUAGCGAACGCCUGACUUGGACAUUGGAAAUAGUUUGCACUGGAAAUGCUGGUCAUGGUUUAAUGCUGAUACCAAACACUGCUGCAGAAAAAGUCCAAUAUUUAUUAAAUAAAUUUUUGAAAUACAGAGAAGAGCAAAGCAAAAAAAUGAAACACCCUCUUUAUGACUUGGGAAAUGUAACAACUGUAAAUUUAACUAAAAUUCAAGGUGGAAUACAAUCCAAUGUUAUACCAUCAAAAAUAACAAUGAUAUUUGAUUGUCGAGUUACUCCAAGUGAUGCGCCCACAUUUGAUUCACAAGUCAAGCAAUGGUGUGAAGAAGCUGGUGGUGAUUCAGUAACGUAUAAGUAUUUAUGCCGCAAAGAUCCUAUAGUACCAACCACUAAAACGGAUGAUUCAAAUCCAUUUUGGAAAGCCUUCGAAAGUGUUUUUAAGAAAAGAAAUGAUAACUUAGUUGUUAUAACCUGUCCUGGAGCUACAGAUGCCCGAUUUUUAAGAGAAGUUGGUAUUCCAGCACUCGGAAUAUCUCCUAUGCCAGAAACACCAUUUUUAUUACAUGAUCAUAACGAAUUUGUAAACGCAAAAACAUUUCUAGAUGGAAUAGAACUUUAUAAAGAGAUAAUAUCAGCGAUAGCAAAUGUGGAAUAAAUAUGCUUUUACAUGUACAAAAUGAAACAAAAAUAAGGUAUUAGAAGCCGAGAUAGUAUUCUAAACUGAGGAAAUAAUACAAAUGGUAUUAACUGGGAAAUAAAAAUUCAUAAAGAAACAAUAUCAGUAU